AUGGCUCUGUUUCAAGGGCAGAUCUACGCCCUCUCCAUCAGACAUGUCCUCUCGAACCUCAACCUCAUGAAUGGUCACCUCGACAAGCCGACGCCGCCUGGCGUCGAACCAAAAGUGCGGUGGGGUUUAGAUUUGAUAAAGAACCCGUGGUCAUGGCAGCAACAUGAGCAAGAUGAAGAAGACGUUUUCAAGCAAGAUGAAGAAGACGUUUUCGCUGACCCCCUGGUCGAGCCAUAUCUAGUUGAGUCUGGCGGCAAGCUCUUGAUGGUGAAGCGAUGGCUCCGCCGCCCAUGGAUGCCCUGCUUCCCGGAAGGUAGAAGAACAUUCUGCUUGCAGGUGUGGGAGGCAGAUAUGAGCGAAGGCCAGUGGAAGAAGUUGGACGGCAGCCUAGAAGGCCGGGCGCUCUUUGUGAGCAGGUCUUGCUCUAAGUCUUUGCCCGCCGGUCAUGGAGUUCGAGAAGACUGUAUCUACUUCCUGAAGAACCUCUAUGUGUCGAGGAAGCCGAACACACCUCUCGGCGACUUUGGCGUGUACAACGUUAGAGACAAGACGUUCACCCCUUUGUUGCGUGAGUCAAUGCCAUCGCUGCCGUGGAAGAGCGGGCGGUUUCCAUCAUGGUUUUUUCAUGUUUGA